AUGAGGAGCCCGCGCUGCACCCCGCUGCUGCUCUUGCUGCUGCUACCGCUGCUGCUGCUGCUUACGCCCCCCGCUGGGGACGCCGCUGUGAUCACCGGGGCCUGCGACAAGGAUCCUCAGUGUGGUGGAGGCAUGUGCUGUGCUGUUAGUAUCUGGGUUAAGAGCAUAAGGAUUUGCACACCUAUGGGCAAAGUAGGAGACAGCUGCCAUCCGCUGACUCGUAAAGUUCCAUUUUUUGGGCGGAGAAUACACCAUACUUGCCCGUGUCUGCCGGGCUUGGCCUGUUUACGGACUUCGUUUAGCAGAUUUAUUUGUUUACCCCGAAAGUAA